AUGCCUUCCUUCAACGUUGUCGUCUUCGGUGGUGACCACUGUGGUCCGGAGGUUACUGCCGAGGCCAUCAAGAUCCUCAAGGUGAUCGAGAAGACCCGUGAUGUCACCUUCAACCUGCAGGACCACCUGCUCGGCGGCGCCUCCAUCGAUGCUACCGGCUCCCCCCUGACCGACGAGGCCCUGACGGCCGCCAAGAACGCUGACGCCGUCCUUCUCGGCGCCAUCGGUGGACCGAAAUGGGGCACGGGUGCCGUGCGCCCUGAGCAGGGUAUCCUGCGUCUGCGCAAGGAGAUGGGCACAUUCGUUUGCCGCGGUGUCGACUUCAACAUCAUCCGUGAGCUGACUGGUGGUAUCUACUUCGGUGACCGCAAGGAGGACGAUGGCUCCGGCUUCGCCAUGGACACGGAGCCCUACUCGCGCGCUGAGAUCGAGCGCAUCACCCGUCUGGCCGUGUGGAGUCUGGAUAAGGCCAAUGUUCUGGCUACCAGCCGUCUGUGGCGCAAGGUUGUCACUGAGGUCAUGGCCAAGGAGUUCCCCCAGGUGCAGAUUGGUCAUCACCUCAUCGACUCCGCUGCCAUGCUCAUGAUCAAGGACCCCCGCAAGCUGAACGGUAUUGUUGUCACCAGCAACCUGUUUGGUGAUAUCAUCAGCGACGAGGCCAGUGUGAUUCCUGGCUCCCUGGGUUUGUUGCCCAGUGCCAGUCUGAGCGGUGUUCCCGAUGGCAAGAGCCGUGUCAACGGUAUCUACGAGCCCAUUCACGGCUCUGCCCCCGAUAUUGCCGGCAAGGGCAUUGUGAACCCCGUCGCCGCUAUCCUUUCUGUCGCCAUGAUGAUGCAGUACUCCUUCGGCAUGAUCGAUGAGGCCCGUAUCAUCGAGAAGGCCGUCAGCAACGUUAUUGAGGCUGGUGUGCGCACUGGCGACAUUGGCGGCAAGGCAACCACCGUCGAGGUCGGCGAUGCCAUCGCUGCCGAGCUCGAGAAGCUGCUCAAGUAG